AAUAAUUAUAAUAAAAAUCUUUUUGUGCAGCAAAUUAAAUUCAAUUCACAAGUGAAACUAUAAUGGUAAGUUUGAAAAGAUACAUUGUUGUGGCAUUGCCUGUAGUGUAUCUAAUCUUUGCCUCCCAUUCCCAUGUUGAUGCAUCCAACAACUUCUGUGCCACCGCCGUGGACAAACAGCUGUGCGUGACUACGGUGAAGGGAGCACAAAGUUGGGACGAGGCAAUAACUAAAGCACUAAUUUUGUCUCAAAAUCAACUAGCCAAGGCGAGUAAGUCAGGAAACCCCGCGUGUAAAAAGUACUACAAAGACACAAAAGAAAAUUUGAAGGAGAGCCUGGAGGCGAUGGGCAUUGCUGCGGGUAGCGAGGAGGUUAAGAAUAAAAGUUUGAACGUCCAACUCCCAGCAGCAUUAACUAACCUUGAAGAUUGCAUUAAAGCACUCAAAGGUUUGAAAGAAUACACAUCUGCAGAAAAGACAUUGAUGCAUGGUGUUGAGCAAGCAAUAAGAGUUUGUUUGGCUGUUAAUGAAUCCAAAUCAGCAUCCAAGUCACCCAUGUCUUAUACACCAUCCUUCAAUAUCAUAUCAUGAAAUAUAAUGUUAAAAGCAUUUUUUAUUUGAA